GAGCUCUGCAAGAACCCCACAGAAUGGGUGCGCUUCAUGAUGGAUUUCGAACUCAAGCUCGAGGAGCCCAACGUUCAUCGUGCGUGGAUCUCAGCGGUCACCAUGGGAUUGAGCUACUUCAUCGGCGGGCUGAUCCCCAUGAUCCCCUACUUCGUCAUGUCACGCGUGCGCGAAGCUUUAUUUGUCUCGAUUGGUAUCACGGUCGCUGUGUUGUUGGUAUUUGGAUACGUCAAGAACUACGUCGCUAUUCGCAAUCAUCGUGCGGGUGUCUGGGGAGCGGUGCAGACAUUGAUUAUUGGCAUGUUGGCAGCCGGCACAAGCUAUGCGAUCGUGCGGGGUUUGGAUUCGAACGAUUCUUGA